AAUAUCAACAAUACACGAAGUUAAGAUGAAGCAGUCGACGCUUAUUUUCAUCGUUCUCCUUUAUGUGCUUCUUACGGUGUUCAUAUCAUGCGUCGACGCUCAAUCUUGCCAACCGAGCGGAAAGUUGAAAGGUAAGAAACCACCUCACGGGCAAUGUGUGAAUGAUCCAGACUGUUGCAAAGAGGGAAAAUUUUACACGACAUAUAAAUGUUCCCCACGUGUCACUGGACAUACAAAGGCGACUCUCACGAUUAACAAUUUUGAGAAGGGCGGGGACGGCGGCGGACCAUCAGAGUGUGACAGUAAGUUCCACUCGAAUAACAUUCCGGUUGUGGCGUUGUCCACUGGAUGGUACAAUAAGGGAAAACGAUGUUCAAAGUUUAUUAAAAUACAUUACAGGGGUAAAAGCGUAAAAGCUAAGGUGGUUGAUGAGUGUGACUCCACUCAAGGUUGCGACGAUGAGCACGGAUUCCAACCACCGUGCCCUAAUAACAUCGUUGAUGGAUCUAAAGCCGUUUGGAAGGCGCUCGGGAUACCCGAGAAAGAUUGGGGCGAAGCAACAGUUACAUGGUCAGACGCAUGAUCAUGCUUGAAGUCGGUUCAAUAAA